CUUUUUUAAUAGUCGCGCCGUGCUGCCGUCUUUGACUCUUUGUAGUUUGUUCGUCGCAAUCGACGCAAUCGACGCUAUCGUUCACUCGUACGUUAAUUUCUCCGUCUGUACCUAUUACAAUAUUUACAUAUUAUCAUAAUUCAUAAUAGUUACUCGUCAGACGUAAAAAAACUAUGUUCUGCUUCAUCGCGACUCGUGCGUGUAGGCCAUGGUCAUCAAUUUUCGGGGCCGUGUCCAAACGUCAAGGCCUAAAAACGCUGAGUUCGCUUUCCGCGGCACAAUCGCAGAGUGGCAUGAAAAAGCGCGUCCAACGCCGAAAGCCGGCAAUGGUGGAAGACACAGGUCAGCGACAAGGUUAUUGGUGYGUGACGGCGUUCUCGACUGCUGAAGAGUUUCGCCUGGAACAACUGUCGGCGGCGCUGUCCAAGACGAACAUGUACGAGCCCACGUGCCUGUACAGCGGUUCCGACGAUACCGAUGGUGAGCGAGAUCACGUCUUGAAACAAUUUAUUAUUGACUGUGUCGCUUCAAUGACCAGUGGUGUAUUUGAGAGGGGAAACCCCUUUUUCCAGACCAUGAAUACCAAAAUAAACCAUUGCCUAGAACUUGUCGAGCUUCUGUCACAYCAUUUGAGUGACAAACAUCACAUCAGACUGGAAUGGAUGAUCAUCGUGUUGAUUAUGGUUGAGGUUGGCUUUGAAAUCAUUCACUAUGCUCAGUUGUUCAUCAAAUGAGCUACUUCAGCACGGGUUUCUUUACAAUCUUUAAAAAAUUAUUGUUUUCCUCUAAAUGUUUGAAUUUUUCAAACAGUUAUAUAUUCUUAAGUUUAGUAUCAUAUAAAAUUAAGUUGAUUAUUAUUAUGCCUUGUGAAAUAWAUUGAUGAGUUAUAGACUA